CUAAGACGGAGACCCUGCACGCACAGAGGAAGACGUGGGGGACGAAGACGUGGAGGACGAAGACAUGGAGGACGAAGACGUGGAAGAGAAGUGACAUUCGCCUUACUUGGAGCAUUUCGACUACAACGAAUCCAACGCCAAUUGCCAGUGGACUCCACAACCACACCGACUGCCCGUUGUCUCUUUAUAAUUCGAUGUGGAGAAGCAGAGAAAUGACCCUGCAGACAAGACAACAGUGUGUCUCUUCUGGCCUGCACUGGCUUGUGCGUGCACUCUUACAGAAGAAGCAUUGAUAGCGAGGCGAAAGCUCUGCCAAGAGGGGCCGGAUUGUCCUCCUGAAGCUUUUCCUGUGCUGCUCAU